CGCUCCCGCCGCCGCUGCCGCCCCGCCGCCGCCGCCGCCGCGCCCGGGCAGAGCCCGGAGCUGGAGGGCACACUGUGGGGUGCUGGUGGCCUGGUUCCCAACACGGUCUGGUUUUGGUUCAGCUCAGGUUAGCCUGUCUCCGCAGAGCACCUGUUGUUUGCAGCUUUUGGCUGGGCCCUGUGCAUACCCAAAAGUGUGUAAGAGGAGGCAGCCGGAGCCAGAUCCCGCUUCUCAGAAGAUGCACUAUUAUAGAUACUCUAAUGCCGAGGUCAGCUGCUGGUACAAGUACCUCCUUUUCAGCUACAACAUUGUCUUCUGGUUGGCUGGAGUUGUCUUCCUUGGAGUUGGACUGUGGGCAUGGAGUGAAAAGGGGGUGCUUUCUGACCUCACCAAAGUGACCCGGCUGCAUGGGAUCGACCCUGUGGUGCUGGUCCUGAUGGUGGGCGUGGUGAUGUUCACGCUGGGGUUCGCUGGCUGCGUGGGGGCCCUGCGAGAGAACAUUUGCCUGCUCAAGUUUUUCUGCGGCACCAUCGUGCUCAUCUUCUUCUUGGAGCUGGCCGUGGCCGUGCUGGCCUUCCUAUUCCAGGACUGGGUGAGGGACCGGUUCCGGGAGUUCUUCGAGAGCAACAUCAGAUCCUACCGGGACGACAUUGACCUGCAGAACCUCAUUGACUCCCUUCAGAAAGCGAACCAGUGCUGUGGGGCCUAUGGCCCUGAAGACUGGGACCUCAACGUCUACUUCAACUGCAGUGGUGCUAGCUACAGCCGCGAGAAGUGUGGGGUGCCCUUCUCCUGCUGUGUGCCGGACCCUGCGCAAAAAGUUGUGAACACACAGUGUGGCUAUGAUGUCAGGACCCAGCUGAAGAGCAAGUGGGACGAGUCCAUCUUCACAAAAGGCUGCAUCCAGGCGUUGGAGGGCUGGCUGCCGCGCAAUAUCUACAUCGUGGCAGGCGUCUUCAUCGCCAUCUCCCUGCUACAGAUAUUUGGCAUCUUCCUGGCGAAGACCUUGAUCUCGGACAUUGAGGCGGUGAAGGCAGGCCAUCACUUCUGAGGAAGAGAAGUGAGCAAGCAGAGCUGAGCCGUGCCGUGGAGGCCAGAGCCCGUCGCUGUUGUCAACUGGACAUCCAGAGGGUGAGAAGUGGAUGCACCGAGCCAGAGCCAGCACCUGUCUUCGGCAUCAGCGUGACAUGACCUCUCUGUUUCUGUUUGCUGCUGCUGAAGACUGAGGAGCCCCCUCUUACCUGCACAGACUUGUGAUGGGGACCACUACCCCCCCACUCGGGGUCUACCCAGAGACAGAGAACAUGUCUUUAAGUGAGGGUGGCGACCCUGGGGGACAGAGGCUCCCCUGGCUGUGAAAAGGGCCUGACUCAGUUCUCCCGGAGACUAAGUGUGUCUGCAGGGCACCCAGGCCUCCCCACUCGUGUCAUCGGGUCAUCGGUGCUGCCCCGGAGGGCAGCCACAUCUGCUGUGAGCGGGACAUGGGGGGGUGGCCCAGCAGACAUGGACAAGGCUCGUCACAGCAGCAGCUGGGCGCUGCCUGGAGUCGGGCAGGGGAAGGGGCACAAGUGGACCAUGGCACUGGGGCCUGUGGUGUCUGCACAAGUCGGGGAGUGUUUGCAGGAUCCUCAGCCAUGUUCAAGUGAGCCUGAGCCAUGUGUGGACUGGUGCCACGGAGUGCCUCCUCUGCUGCCCCUCCCAGGGCAAGAACUGCCUCCACUCCACAGCAUUAUGCCCCGAUGGCCCGGGGAUGGGGAGCACGGGCAGGGUUCUCCUCUGAGAGUCGGCGCUCCCUUUCUUAAAGCGUGUAAAUAGUUUAUUUAUAGGGAUAAGAAUGUUCUCACACCAUUUCUUCAUUUCCUCUGGCCUCCCCUGCAAGCAGCCUUACACGGGGUCUGGGACUGAAGCCAUCCCUUUCAGUUCCCUCAAGUGUCUCAAGAACCAACCCCAUCAACUUCUCCUUUUCAUCCCUAACAACCCGGGUGCCCAUACACGCUCCCUCUUCCCCUGUGCACCCCGGCUCACAUGCAUCCACUCCCCUCCCCAGCUUGGCCUCACUGUCUUCUGGUCUUGGUGCUACUGAAACCGUCACCCGGAACUUGAAUCCUGACACACACACCCCUUCUCCCCCAUCCCCCGGCAAGGCCAGGGAGCCCCAGCCAGAGGCGGCCAGCCCGGAACCUUCGACCAGGGCUCCCGUCGAGGCCAUGUGCUAAGGGCCGCUGGCCGGCCUGGCAUUUGCCUCUCCCUGGAGAGUGAAACUGCAGCCCCGCCCCUGUGUGGAGCCGCAGGCCCCAGCCUGCAGCCGUGUAGGAGCUCGGGAUAGUGUUGAUUUUUUUUUUUUUGCUAACUUUUGUGAAGGCCUCCCUCCACUGUCCCCAAUGAGGAUACCUGCCGUGACCAUGUCCACCCCUCCUGGCAGGGCUAUCCUGGGGCUUGCUCUUGGAAAUGAAGUCUGUCUUACGUACUGAAUGGUCCCCCUCCACCCCCGCCACCCCCGACCUCCCCGCUAGGGAUAGCUGGGAUGUUUGUGCAUCUUUGGCUGGGCUACUUUCUAAUGCUUUUCUGGAUCUCGUACCAGUUCUGUCCUCAUCGUUCAGGGAUUGAGUGCUACCUUCACUUACUUGCUGACGUGUACAUGCUAGUAUGGUGUAUACUGGUGGGUGUUUGUUGAUGAUGUUAUGAGUUUUUGUUUUUUUACAAUUUUCUCUGUAGAAUAGAGGAAGAAGAAUGCUUGUGUUUUCAUGAAGUGAGAUGCUUUUCUUUGACUGCCAAACUCUUUUAUGGAAUAUAUCUUUAUAUUAA